AUGCUCCAGACACCCUUAUUCUCCAAGUCUCGGGAAAAAAUCUCCAUCUCCCUGUUGCUUUUGUCUCUUCGCCUCGAAAUGAAGGAUUGCAGGCAGAAGACGGUGUCGUGCGAAGGUCACGGCAUGCGAUGCGUCGUACGCGAGAUCGAGGCGAAGACCCAGGUGAAUUGGCUGAAAGCAUUUGGAUAUUUGGGCGAUGGGUCGACGGAUGCGGAAUCUCUGAUCGGCGAGGCAGCCAUGACGAACGGCAUCAUGCAGAUGCAGCGGUUCGCCGGCCUUCGACCGACGGGAAUCAUAGACGAUCACACGAAACGCCUGAUGGAAUCGCCGCGAUGUGGCCUACCAGACAUACUUGGAGGCAGGAAGAAGCGAUACGCUCGGGAAUCCACUGGCUGGCGGAAGACUCCUUUGUCCGUCUUCAUCGGGAACUGGAUCGGCGAACUCGGGGAAGAGAGAACGAAGGCCAUCAUCGCCACGGCAUUACGAGCCUGGGAAUCCUACUCGAACCUCAAGUUCGUCUCCUCGGAAGUCUCCGAUGCCGACAUCGUUUUGGGCUUCGCGAUGGGUCAUCACGGCGACAGGUAUCCUUUCGAUGGAGUGGGUGGAGUAUUGGCUCACGCAUAUUACCCUUACGAAGAAGGAUCCUAUGGAGGAGAUGUCCAUUUUGAUGCAAUAGAAAACUGGACGGACUCGGACAAGGAUGAUGGAGUGGACUUCUACACUGUGGCAGUCCAUGAAAUCGGCCACAGUCUGGGACUUCCUCAUUUUCCCGAUCGGUCGUCUGUAAUGUAUCCCUACUACCUAGAAAAGAAGACUCCAGGCUUUCUCGGAUAUGCCGAUAUCAUGGCCAUGUACGAUAUCUAUGUGAGGAAUCCCCCGGUUCAAGAAGAGACAAUUACGACUGAGAGUGCAAGUGAAACAGAGGUCAUGCCCACAGAAGACUGUGAAUCAUGUGACGGAGAAGGUGUGAUGACGACAACGCCAACGACUUACACGGAAUCAGACUUUCCUGUGGAAGGUGUCGAUGAUGUCUUCACUACUGCCACCAUCGCUGAUACGCCCGAUGCCACCGCAGACUUCACUGCUGUCACAACUGCUAGUAUACCGAGAGAAGAGGAGACAAGGGGGGGCUACGAGGGAACGUUCGUGGGGGAUUUCGAAACGGUGGAUGAACAUUUGGGGCACGAGGAAGGAUUUCAGGAGAAGGUGUGCACCGAAACAUGGAGCAAUAUCUCCAUCCUUCGAGGAGAAAUAUUCAUUUUUAUUGGGAGCUUCUUGUGGAGAUAUUCCGCGAGAGGGGAGAUUCAAGAUGGUUACCCUGUGAGCGUCUCACAACUGUUUUCUGGCUUUCCCAAGAAUCAGGCUGUAGAUGCCGCAUUGGAGACUCCUCAAGGGGAAAUCAUUCUUCUUUCUGGUUCCAAGUUCUGGUCGGAAAAGGACGGCCAUUUUCAUGGGCCUCAUAAUCUUUCUACACUGGGCCUGCCAUUGGAAGUGACGAAAGUCGAUGCUGCUUUUACUUGGAUCAAAAAUGGGAAGACGUAUGUCUUCAGCCAGAUGAAAUACUGGAGGUACAGUGAAGCCAUGGAAGUUCCAGAUGAAGGCUACCCAAGAGAUGCUUCAAGUUGGAGAGGUGUACCUUUUCCCAUAAAUGGCGUCAUUUCUAUCCCCACAGUUGUGUCUCGACUGCAAGCCAUUAGGCCGAGUCGCGAAAGGCUGGACCUCGGUUUCCUCAGCAUUCCAUUCUGCGUUCUCCUAGGCAGCGUCCUUGGCUCGACGCUCUUCCAUUACAUCAUUGAGAUUUCCACACUGAAGAAGGUCUGCCUCUUUGGAAAUGAUAUCACCCUUCAUGAUAUCCGUCUUCUGCUUGUCCCCAAAAAGCUAGUGAUUGCCUCUCCCUAA